CGCAGAUUUGUGCGAGUCAAGCGAGCGGCGCGCUUCAGAGAGAGAGAGAGGGACGUACGCGGAGACGCCCCAUCGCGGGGCUCGUCGGAUGGAAGCGCAGGGUGUCCUGGACGGGCUCCGGUCCCGCGUGCUGUUGCCUCGCCGCGCGGGGCGGGCUCCGCGCGCCUUCGGCUGGGCUUUGCCCACGGCGGUGCUGUGCGGCUACGGCUUCUUCGCCAGCUUGCGGCCGUCGGAACCUUUCCUCACGCCUUACCUGUUGGGGCCGGACAAGAACCUCACCGAGACUCAGGUCUUCAAUGAAAUUUAUCCAGUAUGGACUUACUCCUAUUUGGUGCUGCUCUUUCCUGUCUUCCUGGCAACAGACUAUCUCCGCUACAAGCCUGUCAUCCUUCUACAAGGACUAAGCCUUAUAGUGACAUGGUUUAUGCUGCUUUAUGCAGAAGGACUGCUGGCUAUUCAGUUCCUGGAGUUCUUCUAUGGACUGGUGACUGCCACAGAAAUUGCCUAUUAUUCCUACAUCUAUAGCGUUGUGGACCUAACGUUGUAUCAAAAAGUCACAAGCUACUGUCGGAGUGCUACACUUGUGGGUUUUACAGUGGGCUCUGUUUCUGGACAAAUCCUGGUGUCUGUAUUUGACUGGCCUCUGUUCAAUUUGAAUGUGAUCUCUCUCACUGCCGUGUCCGUUGCCUUCGCCAUGGCCUGGUUUCUGCCCAUGCCACAGAAAAGCCUUUUCUUUCACCAUCGCCAGUCAAGCACCCAGGUCAGUAAGGAAACGAAGGUGGUAGAUCCUGCCUUAAAGAGGGUUCCUGGGUGGGAAGAUGUUGAAUCGGAGAUCCCUUUAAAUAGAGAUGAUGAGCAUCCAGCAGUGCAACAGGAGGAGAGAGUGGACAUUGUGAAAGUAAUCAAAGAGCUCUGGCAGGACUUCCUUCGGUGCUACUCGUCCCGGCCUCUGUUGUGUUGGUCUGUUUGGUGGGCGCUCUCAACAUGUGGUUACUUCCAAGUCAUAAACUAUGCUCAAGGUCUAUGGGAAAAAGUGCUGCCUUCUCAGACCUCUCCAAUCUAUAACGGUGGUGUAGAGGCUGUUUCCACACUGUUGGGAGCUGUGGCUGUGUUUGUUGUGGGCCACAUAAAAACAUCUUGGGCUACCUGGGGCGAGAUAGCCUUAGCCAUGUUUUCCCUCUGCAUUGCUGCCGCCGUGUAUAUCAUGGACAGUGUUCAUAACAUCUGGGUCUGCUAUGCUGCGUACAUAGUAUUCCGAAUUGUUUAUAUGCUGCUCAUCACAAUUGCAACUUUCCAGAUUGCAACAAAUCUAAGUGUAGAGCGCUAUGCUCUUGUUUUUGGCGUCAAUACAUUCAUUGCCCUGGCACUGCAGACUCUGCUCACAUUGAUUGUUGUUGAUGCAAAAGGGCUUGGCCUGGACAUAUUCACACAGUUCAUGAUCUAUGCCGGCUACUUUGCUGCCAUAGCAGUAGUGUUCUUUAUCAGUGGGACAUGCAGUAUUAUCAGGAAAUCCUGGAAGAAGGAGAGGAGAAAUGAAGCAACAACAGAUGGUGCUUAAAAUGAAGAAUAUGGACUUGUUAAGCCCCUGUGUUAGGGAAGGGGGAUCUAUUUAAAUAUGCUGGUUCCUAUUUAUUAAUGUAUCCAAAUGCUGUUAAUUCAAGACUGUUACCUAAAUUGUCGUGAUACAUGUUUGUACUAUAUUAGUAGCAUAAAUUAGGAACAGAUUUAUUUACUUA